AAUUUAAAUAGGUUUUCCAAUCAAGCCGCUAGGUGUCCCAAGAGCGUAUGCAGCAUUUCACCGAAUAAUCUAAACCCUAGCCCGUCAAAAGGCAAAAGCGACAAUUUGCGGCAUAUAUCUUGAAUAGUACAAUUAUAUUUUCAUAUUUUUAUCAUCUUUUGAGCUAUUCCAAGGAUAUUCGAUUGCAGUUACAUGUUUGUUUGGUGAGACCUAGCAGCAGCACGUCCCGACGAGCCUCGCCGCACCAUGGACGCCAAUAAAGGGGAGGCGGAGCGGUGUGUGGAGGCCGCCGAGAGGGCCAUGAAUGCCGGCGAGCGGGACAAGGCGGCGCGCCUGCUGCGGAAGGCGGAGAAGAUGUACCCCACAGAGAAGGCCCAGUCGCUGCUCGAGCUGCUGAACCGUCUGGGCGAGUCGACACCAGACGGCGCUCGCUCCCGUCCGGCGGCCAGGGCGCAGCACCGCCGCUCGGAGACGGAGGAGCCGCGCGCCGCCCCGGAGGAGGCCAGCUACACCAAGGAGCAGCUGGAGGAGGUCCGCAGGAUAAAAGUUUGCAAGGACUAUUACGAAAUUCUCGGCGUCAGUAAGGAAGUAACUGAUUCCGAACUGAAGAAGAAAUACAGGAAGCUGGCUCUGCAGUUUCACCCGGAUAAGAACAAGACGCCGGGUGCCGGAGAGGCCUUCAAAGCCAUCGGCAAUGCGUUUGCGGUGCUCUCUGAUACCGAGAAGAGGAAGCAGUACGAUCUGUAUGGCAACGAGGACGUGCGCUCGAGCCGCGGCCGCGGACACCAUCACUAUGACCCCACGCACGGCGGCUUUGAAGCCGACGUCACUGCUGAGGAGCUGUUCAACAUGUUCUUCGGUGGUGGCAUGCCCUCGCAAAACAUCUACAUGCGUCGUAACGGACGAUGGACGCGGGCGCAGCAGCAGCACCGCGCCCGCCAGGAGCGCGAGGAGGCGCCGACGUCUUCACUGGUGCUGCAGCUGAUGCCCAUUCUGCUACUCAUCUUCAUGUCAAUGAUGUCGAGCUGGUUCGUGUCGGACCCGCUGUACAGCCUGCAGCCCUCCAGCAAGUACAGCAUGGUGCGCAGGACGGGAACGCUCAAGGUGCCCUACUACGUGAAGCCCGACUUUAGCACGGAAUACCAGGGAAGCCUAUAUCGGCUAGAAGCAGAGGUCGAAGAAGAGUAUGUACGGAUGCUACGCAACGCCUGUCUCAAGGAGAGGACUUACAAGGAGAACAUGAUGUGGCGAGCGCGCAGUUUUGGCGACAGCAGCCAGUUGAAGAAGGCGCAGGGUCUGGGCACCCCGUCCUGUCAACGUCUGCAGGAAAUCUACACGUAGACAUCACGCCGUAUCGGCACCUAGAUUUCCGAAUAUACACCGCAGUGGGUGAGACGGUCGUCCCUGCUAACCUCCCUGGGCACUCGGUGAUCGUAUAAAGCAGCCUGGUCGGUUUCUAUGUUGGUAGAUUACAAUUUGCCAUGUCACGCUGAGUCCGAUCUCGAGUGACCGAUCGGGUCGGAUGUCUGAACAGGGGACGCCCAUGUGCUGGUGAACGUCCUCUUUAGCGUAGAAGGGGUGCGGUGGGUAGGCGUCUAUUUCGUCCAUUCAGGGCGUUUAUUCGUUCCUUGGUGAGAAUGUUAGAACGUCUCUCGCAGAGGGGACGUAGUAAAUCGUGAUGGGGGGGGGGGGGUAGGAGGGAUCUGGGCAGGAGCGCCCGGGAUGACGAGAACGCUGUUCAGAUGGUCGGUGCAAUCGCAUAUUAUCGAGCUCCGCCGUAGAGGCUAUGUGUGUGUUGUGCGCCGCGCAGUGACUAACCCCUCGAGUGUUCAGUUUGCACCUGCAUCACCCACUGAGUGGACCGCGCUCCGCACACCGACGCGUUGGCGUCACACUGGCCCCCGCUGGCUCUCGGUCGCCGCCGGCCGCCGCGGGGCCGGGCCGGGCGCUCGUGAUCGGGCGCCGGCCGGCCGCCGCCGAUUGGUGCCGCUCCCCCGGGAGCAGUGAACGGUCCCGGCCACGUACCGGCACCGCCUGCGUGUCGCCGCGCACCGCUACUCGCCCCGGGGGUCGCGGACGGGCGCCGGAAAUAGCCAUCGCCGCACCGCGGUCAUGCGUGGCUCACUCCUGUACGGCGCGCUAGCUAGGUUCGAGUUUUAUCCUCUGGUCACUGGGUAGUGUGAUAAAAACGGUAGAAAAAGCCGUCAAGAGACCUUGUGUUCUCCUUGACGGAUGUGCUGCUGCAAGGAUAGCUGAUAACUGUGUGUGGGCGAAUCCUGUGUGAUCCUUCCCCAGACUGGGAGGUUGUGAUGAUCCUUGGGUGGGGACGGUUCGAGGUGAUUGCUAGAAUGUCGAGUGAGCGUCUGCGGUGCCAUGGCCAUGAGUUUGGUGUGCUGUCUACCGCGUAUAGGAGCAGGAAUCGACUGCCCGCAGCAUACCGUGGCAAGAUCUGUAGCUAGAUAGCACUAUGAUUAAACAGCAUACCGUGAAACUACAUAGAUAUAUUAUUUCGAUUUCGUGUCGAACGAUCUGUCACUGUUGUCGCGUGUCCCGUCUCGAUUCACAUACGUUUUGUUGAAACGUUCGCUGGCAAGAGGAUAUAGUACACCGCCUAGAGAACGACGGUCGUUGGCUAGACGAUGCUAUUCGCUAGCUAUGAACGGCCUUCACCUCCUAGAGCAGCGUUCGCUGUACAAGAUACGGUGAUCGCGCGUAUGUUUGACGCAAUAUCACCGACUGACGGUCGUGUAGUCGCCGAGACCGCAAUGCGAUCAAUAACGCGACACGAUGUGUCUAUGAGUGAUUAUAUACAUUUAUCUAUGUGAUUUUAACUUAAACAAUACACACCAUUCGAAGUCA